AUGUAUGCUCCACCAGCUUCGCGCCUCUCGAGCAGGUCAGCCUCGCUGGCAUCCUCGCGCUCCCGCUCCCGCUCUCAAGCCGGUACGGGCCGCUACUCGUCGACCUCGCUCGCUCUCGAUAGUGCGGCGGGUUCAUCGCGCGCUCCUCUGCCCGAGGUACGCAACCUCCGCAACGCGACUCGCAGCGUGUCGGUCGCCACACCCACACCUGGUCCCUCGUCACGACGUGGCGGCACGGCGUCGAGAGAGUACAGCGCCACACCGGGCCCAGGACCCAACUCUGGCGUACGGUCGAGGCAGCAGCCGCUGUUCAUCCCACGCGACACCCCGUUUGGCGAUGACGAGGAAGACGAGGACGAGCACGAGGCUUAUGCGGAAGCAUUACGUCAAGGCCGGAUGCGUCUACCCUCUGUUGCCCCUCGCGAGGAAGAUGAGGAUGACGAGAACCCCGAAGACCAGCCAGAGGGCAUGAUGGCUAUUGGAGAGAGACUUGUACGCGCGAGUGAGAUUGAGGAAGGCGUCAUUCGUAACGCUGGUGGAUGGGAGGAGAGGGUUGAAGGAGAGGAGAGCGCGGUGUUUGGUAGGGAGGAGCCUGGAGACUAG